GCCCCGGCCACGCCAGCUUAGGUAGCCCAGGUGAGGAAGCUGGGGCGCGCCCGCGCCUUCGCCCCCCGCGCGUGUGGCCCGCGACCUGGCAGGGUCUGAUCCGCUUCUGUGCUCAGAGCGGGAUGCGGGGACGCCUCUGAGCGACCAUGGCAGCGGCUGCUGAGCUGGCCUUCCACGAAUUCGAGGAAGCCACUAAUCUUCUGGCCGAGACCCCAGACGCAGUCACCACCAGAAGUGAUCAGCUGAGUCCACAGGGGGGUCACGUGACUGUGGCCUUGGGCUCCAGUGUUGGCUACAGAGCCGAGGAUGAGCUGGAGGAGGAGGGGGACAAAACAGCGCUCCUACAGGAAGAGAAGCCCCCGCCGGGAUUCUGGACCUUUGGUUAUUAUCAGAGUUUCUUUGAUGUGGACACCUCUCAGGUCCUGGACCGGAUCAGAGGAUCACUCAUGCCCCGGCCCGGUCACAACUUUGUGAGACAUCAUCUGCGCAAUCGGCCUGAUCUAUAUGGCUCCUUCUGGAUCUGCGCCACCCUGGCCUUCGUCCUGGCAGUCACAGGCAACCUGAGCUUGGUGCUGGCACAGAGAAGAGACCCCUCCAUCCACUACAGCCCCCAGUUCCACAAGGUGACAGUGGCCGGCAUCGCCAUCUACUGCUACGCGUGGCUGGUGCCCCUGGCACUGUGGGGCUUCCUGCGGUGGCGCCAGGGCGUCCGGGAGCGCGUGGGGCCGUACACAUUCCUGGAGACCGUGAGCAUCUAUGGCUACUCCCUCUUUGUCUUCAUCCCCACUGUGGUCCUGUGGCUCAUCCCCGUGCCGUGGCUGCAGUGGUUCUUCGGGGCGCUGGCCCUGGCGCUGUCCGCCUCUGGGCUGGUAUUCACCCUCUGGCCUGUAGUCCGAGAGGACACUCGCCUGGUGGCUGUGGCGCUGCUGUCCACGGUGGUGCUCCUCCACGCCCUCCUGGCCACGGGCUGUAAGUUCUACUUCUUCCAGCCGCUGCCCGCUGAACACCUGACACUGCCGGCACCAGCCACAUCCCUGUCACCAAACAUCCUGUCCCCCGCCACCGUGAAGGUGUGAAUGUUCAAGAUGAGGUGCCCUCCUUACUCUGGGGGUGCUCCGAGAAUUCCUUCAGGCCGAACCUAUGGAGAUGAUGCUGGUCCUGCUCCCGACAAGGACCGGGACUCCCUUGAUCCCUUGAGACCACUCUGCUACUCUCCAGACUUUUCUUACAAAGCAAACACUUUUAUUUUCUAUGCAAAGAUGAUCCAGAGAAUUUUUAUAAAGGCAGGGCGAGCGGCCGGGCAGGGCACUCGCGGGGAGGCCUGGGCAGCCAUGCAGCCUUUGCAGAGGGCAGGCCCGGGCCCCCCCUUUCCCCCCUGGCCUGCUCGUGGCCUCCUGCGUUCCCUGACGGGACCCCACGAAGCCUGAAGGGUGGCCCCAGAUGGCUGGCCAGCUUCUGAGAGGUGGGGUGCUGGCAGCGAGGCGGGGAGGGCAGAAGAAGAAAACUGCCUGUGCUGAAA